AGGUCAGAGUAUUGCGAGAGUUUUAUGAAAUUGCCAACAUGUCUGCAGGUGCAAUCAUACAACAGUUUUCAAAUCUGCUCAAGCACGCAGAAUCUUUAGGUCCGAAAUUGAGUUCUAAUAUUCGUCCACGCAAAGACCAAUUGAAAGAAAUUCAAAUUCUGUGCAUGAAGCUGAAGGAGGUUACAGCAAGCAUUGAAGGACAUGUGGAACAUUUGUUGCAAAAAGCAGCUCCAAGCGACAAAGUAUUGGAACUUUUAGACCGUCUUCGAUCCUCUGAACCUGUCGAUCUAUUGGAUCCGUUGCUUACGACCAUGCUCAGGAAAAAUCUUAUCCUUAUAUUUCGAGGACCAGAUGUUUCAGCAUUGGACUCUGACAAGGUGAGAUCAAGGAGAGAAAAAACUCGAGCUCGAUGCGAGAAGCUUCGCACGCAGAACCCCCAUUUGAUCUUGAGAUGGUCAAUCACCUUUCAGCCUUCCACAUGGAAUCAACCUACGGUUAUGACGGAAAAUGCCGUUGAUUUCCUUAUUGACGAAAUGAAGAUGGAGAAACUCGGCCAAAUAUCUUCUCAGCUCGUGGAUAUUCUACAAUGCCUCGCGCAGGAAGAACCUUUGAAAAGUUGCGAGUUAUUCCAACAAUUUGUUCAACAAACAAUUAAUACAAUGAGUACGCGCGAGGAGCCAAAUACUGCGGCCCCCCUACAAGUGAUGACGGCAGAGCAACAACAGCAAAAUGUGGUGCCGCCGAAGAGGAAGCAUACAGCAGAAAGUAUGACACCUGGAGAAAGCUCCCAUGAAGAUGAUACACAAGAAAAAAUAAAGUUAAUAAAGCGAAGUGAUGAAAUCGACUAUAAAGGAUCAUCCAUGCCAGCUGGUAACCUUCCGCUUCUCAUCCAACGCCUUCCAGCAGCCAUGGGAAGCAGUAAGCAAUGGAAGUGGGAGCGACAACUCUUCGCGAACAACGCGAUAAGAUCGGGGAGCAUUGGUGUAGACAGAACCGAUUGUCUAAGUGCUUUUGUUCCAAAAGAUCGUAAUCAUGAUGUUUCCAUUACAUUAAUGGUCGGAUAUGAAGCUGGAGUAGCUUUGAUAGAUGAUAUGGGGGCACAAAUUAUCCGAGUGUGAAAGUCACCGUUGCUCCGAUCACAGGAGCUGCAAUCACAACAACACGAUGUCCAGCAGGGACAUCUGCAGUGAUUUCGUUUUCGGGGUUGCCCUCAGUUUUGAAAUAUGGAGGGGUCGCAUAAUCGACUUUUGGAUCAUAAAUCUCUAUUGAUUGUGCUUUUCCUUUGAGUGUCCUGACAUAUUCUGCCUCUCUGAAGAGUCUGGCGCCCUUUAUUUCAUAUGUGACGCCCUCCUCUGCCACAAAUCCAAUUUCCUCCGUCAUUUCGGAUCCUUGUGUUCCACGACUCGUAGGCGAAUAGAUCGGUAAAGUAAUCGGGUGUGUUAGACCGGUUCAUAAGUCAUAUCUCGAGGAAUUGCGCGGGUAAAUCGUAGGCAGGCAAGCUCGUAGAAAUCGCAACAAUCUUCCUCGUCGCGCGAUAAAAAUAAUUUGAAGCCGG